AUGGCCCCUGCACUGCUACUGGUCUCUGCUGCCCUCACCUCUUUCAUACUAGCCUUUGGCACUGGAGUGGAAUUCGUGCGUUUUACCUCCCUUCGGCCACUUCUAGGAGGGAUCCCGGAGUCUGGUGGUCCGGUUGCCCGCCAGGGAUGGAUGGCUGCCCUGCAGGACCGCAGCAUCCUUGCCCCCCUGGCUUGGGAUCUGGGGCUUCUGCUACUAUUUGUUGGGCAGCACAGCCUCAUGGCAACUGAGACAGUGAAGGCGUGGAUAUCUCAGUACUUUGGGGUUCUUCAGAGAUCACUGUAUGUGGCAUGUACUGCCUUGGCCUUGCAGCCCCUCUUCCUUCCCCAGCUGGUGAUGCGGUACUGGGAGCCUGUACCCAGAGGCCCUGUAUUGUGGGAGGCUCGAGCUGAACCAUGGGCCACCUGGGUGCCCCUCCUGUGCUUUGUGCUUCACGUCAUUUCCUGGCUCCUCAUCUUCAGCAUCCUUCUCGUCUUUGACUAUGCUGAGCUCAUGGGCCUCAAACAGGUUUACUACUAUGUCCUGGGGCUGGGUGAGCCUCUGGCCUUGAAGUCUCCCCGGGCUCUGAGACUCUUCUCCCACCUGCGUCACCCAGUGUGUGUGGAACUGCUGACUGUGCUGUGGGUGGUGCCCACCCUGGGCACUGACCGACUCCUCCUUGCUCUCCUCCUUACCCUUUACCUGGGCCUGGCUCACGGACUCGACCAGCAAGACCUCCGUUACCUUCGGGCUCAGCUACAAAGAAAACUGCACCUACUCUCCCGACCCCAGGAUGGGGAGGCAGAGUGAGAAGCCAACUCUAGUUCCAAGUCCUAUACUUCCUUUCCUCCUCAAAUUCUAAAUCCUUUUACAUCCAGGCCCUGGCUGCUUCAGACCAAAGCCACAGACCAUUCUGUGGCUCAAAUCCACAGAAUGAGGGAGAUGCCCCUUCCACUCCUUCAAACUUCAUUCUUUGGGUCCACCUUCAUAUCCUAAAUUCUGAGUUUCAGUCACUGGACCCAAAAUCUACUUUUCACCAGCCAGGAGGAGGGUGUGUGGCACUUACUAUACCCUCACAAUUUAGGGCAUGGCACACUCCUCCUCCCCCCAGCAGCCCCCUCACAAGGAAAGGUUCUGGCCUGACCACUCCCCUGGCACUGUUACUGGCCCCUGCACCUCAGGGAUUCCCUUCACGUUUCACUUCCACUUCAAGAAGCUGGACCAGGGCCUGCAAAGUCUGACGGCAGUGUCUGCCUGUCCAGGUCCAAGCCUUGGCUCUCUGCUCCCUGCCUUAGUCUUUCUACCUCCUUAGGCCCCACCCUCCCCUGGGCUUGGUCCCCCAACCUAGCCAAGGUGAUGCUCUCGCUCUUGACUGGGUGUCUUAGGGCUCCCUGUACUGCAGAGAAACGCUGCAGGAAAAUAAAA